AUGGUGGUCUCCAUACUCAUCCUCCUGCCUCCUCGCUUCUCUCCUGGCCACUGCCGCAGCAGCUCCUCGACCAGCUAUCCCUCUUCUGUGGAGUCAGCGCUCCAUUCUUACAGGCGGGAACAGGGCUUCCCAGCACCAGGACGCUCGGCCCGCAUAGAAGAAACCCAUGUUCUCCAGAGCGGAGAAUGUCUGCACACUGCGAAGAACAGGUCUGUACAUAAGCUCAGCCUCCGGCGAUCCAGCGCCAUCGGGCCGCUCCACGCUGCCGCGCUCGGCAGCGCCCUGCCGCCUCGGCGGCGACGGGCCGCCUCGCCGCCGGGCCGCGGCGCGGCAGACCUCUGUGUGGUCGACGGCGGGGCCGUGGCCUCUCUCGUGUCUGCCGCGGCGCGGCGGCGCCCGGGGCCGGUCUCAGCAUGUCUCCGGGCGCUUGGGCGAGGAGACGCCAGCUGCAAUGGGCCGGGGUCCAGCCGCUGCAGGGUUUGCUCGCCAGCCGGUACCGGGCCGGCGCAGCCGCAGCGCGGGCAGGCCGCCCAGGCGGGCCCCUGUAAAACAGGGCCAGGAUCGGAAUAA